GAGCUGGAGAAGGUCAAGAAGAAGAGACGCUUAGAUUUCUUGGACAUUCUCUUGUUUGCCAGAUUGGAGAAUGGAAAUGACUUGUCUGACAAGGACCUACGUGCUGAGGUGGACACGUUCAUGUUUGAGGGCCAUGACACCACAGCCGCUGGCAUCUCCUGGAUCUUCUAUGCUUUGGCCACAUACCCGGAGCACCAGCAGAGAUGCAGGGAGGAGGUCCAGAGCCUCCUGGGGGAUGGAGCCUCUAUCACCUGGGACCACCUGGAUCAGAUGCCCUAUACUACCAUGUGCAUCAAAGAGGCCCUGAGGCUCUAUCCACCUGUUCCAGGCAUUGGCAGAGAGCUCAGCAAACCAAUCACCUUCCCUGAUGGACGCUCUUUACCUAAAGGUAUGAGAUUCUCAGAUUCAUCCACCUGGGAAAAGGGAGGAUCACAAGUAUAUAUGUGAUUCAGCAGUUCUGAA